CCCUGUGUCCUCUAGUGUGUUCCCCUGGCCCUGUGUCUCCCUGGCCCUGUGUCCCUCUGGCCCUGUGUCCCUCUGGUGUGUCCCACCACUGUCCCGUACUCCCCGAGGACAUAAGCAAGAAGAAGGACACCAAUAACUGUACCAGACAAGAGCGUACACACCUGAAGUGUUGAGGCACAUGUGUGGACACGUGUGUGUGGCCAUACAACAACAACAACAACACUACUCGUGUUGUAUUUUGACGGCUUAGUUUUAUAAAAUAUUAGGAUAAUUUUGUUGUUUUUGGCCAAAGCCAAUUGAGGAGCGACUUGUCUUAAGAACAUAAGAACAAAGGUACAGAACUUCACGAUGCCAAAGACACGUUUGUUUGUCGGAGGUCUGAGUGAGAAAGUUGAUGAAGAUGCCCUUGGGUCGAGGCUGUCCCGAUUUGGCACCGUGUCGGGCAUUGAUCUAAAGGAGAGAACUGAUGCUGAUGGAAAUGUUAUGUUGAAAUUUUCAUAUGUUAAUAUAGAUGCACCUUCAUCGAAGAUUGAUGAAUGUAUAAGGCAGCUGAAUGGGUGCUCAUGGCUAGGGUCCCAACUAAGAGUAGAACCAGCCAAAGAAAGUUUCUUAGAUCGCCUCAGCAGAGAGAGAGCUUCCAUUAAACAGCAACAACAAGAGUCUGGUCAUAAGGAAAAGAUAGAUAAAUCACCUGCCAUCACAUUCACAAAGCCGGUUAAGAAAGAUGAUAGUAUUAAUGUGAAGAGAUCACUAAAAGAUUGUGAGGUCGAGAAUGAUGCAUCUUUGGAGGAGGGAAUUAAAAAGAAGAAGAAACAUAAAACGUCGAAUAGGGAAAGUAAUGCAAGUGAAAUAUCGGUGUCGGAAGAUGCCGUACCUACCGUUGAUGCUCAGGAGGAGAAGAGGAAGAAAAAGAGACGAAGCACAGAUCACAGUUCAGCUGCUGAACCUGAGCAGUCAAUGUCAGCAAAAUGUAAGUCAAAAAAGAAACAUAAAGCUGAAGAGGAAAUGAUGUCCAGCUUUAAAAAGUUUAGCUCGGUGUGGGCCGAUUCUGAUGACGACACAAAUGACCAGAACAAAAGUAACGCUGAUGUUGGGGACGUGAUGGCUGGCAGUGAUGAAGGCUUCUUCAUUGAUCUGGAACCUGACAAGUUGGAACCAGUUGCAUCUGCCAGCAAGAAAGCCAGAAAGAAAGAGAAAAGAGACGAGACCAAUAUGAGGGUUGGUGAACAUGUGAAUGAUGGCCAUAAUACAGGGACUGUCCAAGAUGAUCACCAGGCUCAGGUAGAGAGCUUGGCUGAUUUAAAAGCCUCAGAUGGGUGCUUCACCAACCUCAAACAUGAUGGUGCUGAGGGCUCUAUAUCAAAUAAACUACUUCCAUCAUCACAAGAGCAAGAGGCAAAACAAACCAUGAUAAGUGAAAGAGAGGAAGGGAAAAAGUAUGUAAAAGUGGAUAAAGAUCUCAACUUUGGCAAGAGUUCUUCAGGGUUCAGCUUACUGGCUCAGUUCUCUCAACACAUAAGUGAAGAGAGAGAUGAAAGUGAAAGAGAAGAAUUACUAGCACCAGUAGUAAUACCCCCUCGACCCAAGAUUGUUGCACAACCUCGAGUAAAGACAAAACCUUUCUUCUUGCAACCUGGUGAUCGACAGAUUGAAGCUGCAAUAGUCUGGAUGGCUCAGUCACUUACAAAUGAAGUAGAAAAUGAGUUUGCAGAAGUACUACCUCAACUCAGGUCCCUUUACAAGACCAGAUCCAUUAGAGCUAUGAGGGAAGAGAGAAAUUUGAGAAGUCGUGGUCGUGGUCGUGGCCGUGGUGUAAAGAGAGGUCGCGGUAGAAGUACGGGGGCAAGAGUCCCAUACCGUGAUCUCAGGUGGAGGGAGAAAAGACCUAGUGAAAGAAUUGUACAAAAUUAAUGCUUGACAUGUAUAAUACUGUGUUUUUAUCAAGCUAAUUGUAUACAAAUUAUACUUGCUUUAUAUGUAUAUGUUUACUCAUAAUUUUUUUUCAAGAAAGAGUAUUCCAGAUUACAAUGUUAUUGAUUUUGACAAUAAAACUAAAUAUUAACAACA